UUAUUGUGCGCCCAGCCCAAAAGAAGGAAACAAAUACACAAAGAAAGAAGCUUCUCUUCCCCUAUUGUGAAAAGGAAAAAUGAGCGCCAUACUCAACUUCACCGCGGUGAGUCGUGGCAAUCCCCGAGACCGAACGAUGAAUUUCUCUGGCAGGUUUCGUUUCGAUCAGAAGGUCAAAGAGGUGAAAGGGUGGAUCGAAGAAACCUUCAAGGUGAAAGCUCACCGACAGACGUUGAAGAUCAUGUGGGAGCCCGUAGCCACGGAGACGAUAACCAUGUUGGACGAUGAGCAGACGCUGGAGGAAUUGAACAUCCGAGCUGAAACAGCUCCAAUACCACCAAUCCAGCUGAAGUUGACCGAGGAUCAUGCAUUCGGAGUAAAUCUUGUUCUGAAGGUGAAUGGUAGAGGGUUUCAAGACCAUCAACUGGUUUUUGCGUGUUCAGAGGAAGUCAUGGUGUUUGGGCUGAAGGAAUUCCUCUUUAGGAAGUUGGAUCUUCCACCGGGAACCAAAAUAAAUCUCUCCUUCCAGCCCGAGGGCCAGCCCCGGUUUCCCCUCGUGAACAAGUACAGGACUAUCAUCUCUUACCUUGUCACCAACAACACUCUGGUGGAUGCCCAGCUGCUAUCCGAGACCGAGAGUGCCGAGUUGGGGCGUAGCUAUGACAGCGGUAGCGGAGAUGAUGAAGAUGAUGACGACCCCUUGGGCGAGAGGACUAAGUGGAGGACUUCUGUCAACCGGGACGCGUCCAGCAGCAAGGGCUUGGGGGGCAGGUGAGCUCUACGAGAGGAGAGGAGGCUAGGCUAGCUGGGGCCGUUAUCUGAAUUAGUGUUAAGCUUGUGGCCGGCCGGUAAUAAUGUUGUAAGGUUGUUGCUUAAUUAGUUUCCAUUUCCCUGUGUUGUACGUUUAAUUUUCUCUGUUCAUGUCGCCCCGCAGCCCUACCCCCUUCUUUCAUUGUUGUGAUGUAUCCUUCGUGCGUGUUUAACUUUAUUAAUUUGUCUGUCUGUCUGUCUGUUUUUAAGGAAAAAUGGAAAACACUGGACUGAUUUUGUCGGCCAGCUUUUAUUUCCAGCUCUCUAUUUCGUAAUGUUCUGCGUCCGCUACAUACAUUCUGAGUUUGAGUUACGUUAGAGGCUUCACCACUAUCCGUUGCUCACCGGUUUCUAAUUAACGCUAGCUUCAGUU